AGAGUAAGACAGUUGUCGGUCACGUGGUCGGUCACGUGGUGUUCAUGCUAAUGGUGCUCGUGAUGUUUUGACGCCGGUGUGAGUGAGCGACAAGAACACACAUUUCCCGUUCCGCUUAAAACGCGGCUCUGCUCCGAGUACCGACGGCGUCGUUCCGUUCUCGACAUCCACCAUGAGCCUCCGUUGCUUUUCAUUGUCGUAAUUACGCAUGGAGAACUCUGAGGGCGGCACGUCGUCGGAGCCCGACGGUGACACGCCGCAAACGUCAUCUUGCCCGAACCGAGCAUCCGACCCGGCGCGGCCUUCGUCUUCCGAGCACCGUGAGCCCAGGAGACUGCGUGAAGCCAAGCAGCAUCACCAAGAACGGCGGCGACGACGGCGGGGGGAGGGACAGGAACAGCUGCUCCGAGAGACUGCGCGCCGGAGGUUGCCGGGCCAACGCGAGCACUCGGAGGCGUGCGGCUCAGUGAGCGACGCAGCGGAAAGUUCGCCUAAGAGGAGAGCUCACUUCCUUCAUGGACCCUAUCCAGCCACUCACUUUGGACCCAAAGCCUGCAUUCUUCCCAACCCCACUUCAGUCAUGCACAUCCAAGACCCUUCAAGCCAGCGUCUCACCUGGAAUAAACCUCCCGUCAACGUCCUGGUCAUCAGGAAGAUUCGAGACGAGACCCUGGCGGAGCCUUUCAAAGAGUUGUGUCGCUUUCUAGUGGAGGAGAAGCAAAUGAUGGUGUACGUGGAGCGGCGCGUGGCCGACGACGGGACACUGUCCAAGGACGAAAGCUUUGGCUCCAUCCGAAACCAGCUGUGCACGUUCAGAGAGGGCUACGACGACAUCUCGGACUGCAUCGAUCUGAUCAUCUGCCUGGGCGGCGACGGCACGCUGCUCUACGCCUCUUCUCUCUUCCAGGGCAGCGUUCCCCCGGUGAUGGCGUUCCACCUGGGCUCCCUGGGCUUCCUGACGCCCUUUAAGUUUGAAUCGUACAAGACCGAAGUGGACAAAGUCUUUGAAGGUAACGCGGCUAUCACCUUGCGGAGUCGGCUGAAGGUGAAAGUGGUGAAGGACAUGUUCCCACCGCAGCAGCGGGAACAGGAACAGGAAAUCAACGGGCUCGUUCCUCACCGUUACACCAACAGCGAAGCGGGCAAGGUCACCCUGCAGCUUCAGGUUCUGAAUGAGGUGGUGGUGGACCGCGGGCCUUCCUCCUACCUGUCCAAUGUGGACUUAUACCUGGACGGGCGUCUCAUCACCUCCGUGCAAGGCGACGGCGUGAUCGUCUCCACGCCAACGGGCAGCACGGCGUACGCGGCGGCGGCGGGGGCGUCCAUGAUCCACCCCAACGUGCCGGCCAUCAUGGUGACGCCCAUCUGCCCGCACUCGCUCUCCUUCAGACCCAUCGUGGUGCCCGCCGGAGUGGAGCUCAUGAUUACCUUAUCUCCUGACGCCAGGAAUACAGCCUGGGUGUCGUUCGAUGGCCGGAAGAGACAAGAGAUCCAGCACGGCGACUGCAUCAAGAUCACGACGUCAUGCUACCCCGUGCCGUCCAUCUGCUGCCACGACCUGGUGUACGACUGGUUCGAGAGCCUGGCCCAGUGUCUGCACUGGAACGUGCGCAAGCAGCAGACGCGCCUGACUGAGGCGUCCGACACGUCGGACACGGAGAACUGAGCCUGUCCCGCACCACGCACGCCUUCCUCUACUCACCCACCCCCCCCCCCCCCAUCUCAUUGCAGAUCCUGAGCCAGCUGCCGCAACUGUGACGGUAAUCACCUCCCCAUUGCGUCCUCUUUUUUACAUUCCACACUGUGUUGAAUUCAGAGAAACAUCAGUGUAUAUAUUUGUACAGAUUCUAUUAUAGUUCCUAGUUAUUUCAUAUCGUAUUUAUAUAUUUUCAGAGUCUCGCAGCACCAAAUAGAGCAGUGUUUCCCCAAUAUUCCUUGAGCCAUCGGAAAAAUUUUCCUGGGAUUACGCUUGACGCCAGUGAUAUGCGAAACAGGAUUGAUGAAUUAAACCUAACAACAGAUUCCACCAGAUGGCGCUAAACUAAUAGCCCAUAUUCUCAGCUUCAGCGAAUACUUAAGAAUCGGGUCCCCCCCAAAAAACAUGGACAUUUGAAUUAGUUUAUAGCGACAAAUGGCUCUGAAUAUUCCGAACCCAAGCUUACUGGCAGCCCAAAUUGGCGGUUAAAAAUAAAGAUGGAACACAUACCAGUA